AUGAGGAUCGAAACGUGUUACUUCUGCUCGCGGCCAUGCUUUCCCAGCAAAGGCAUAUCCUUCGUCCGAAACGACGCCAAACUCUUCCGCUUCUGCCGCAGCAAAUGCCAUAAGAACUUCAAAAUGAAGCGAAACCCGCGCAAGCUCUCCUGGACCAAAGCCUUCCGCCGCGCCCACGGCAAGGAGAUGACCGUCGACACCACCCUGACCUUCGCUGCCCGCCGCAACGUGCCGGUGCGCUACAACCGCGACCUGGUCGCCACCACGCUGCGCGCCAUGUCGCGCGUGAACGAGCUGCGCGCGAAGCGCGAGCGGCAGUUCUACCUGAACCGGAUGAAGGGGAAUAAGAGGCGGGCGUUUGAGGAGGAUCGCGCGCUGGUGGCAGAGAAUCAGCAUCUGCUGCCGCCGAGUCAGAGGGAUCGGGUGGAGACGGCGAUGGAGGUGGAUGCGGUGAAGGAGGGCGAGUGGGCGGGCAUCGAGGCGGAGGAGAUGGAUGUGGAGGAGGAGGAAGUUGUGGUGAAGCAGAAGGGGAAGGAGAAGAAGAAGCAGCGGUUGGUGGUGGGUGGGGGUACUGUGGAGGGAUGA